UUUUGGAGUUGCAGACAAAGUAUCUUUGCUGAAAUGAAGAAGAAAUUUUCACAGGUGGAAAGCGCUGCUGAGGAACCCAGGGUGUUGUGUAUAAUACAAGAUACCACAAAUUCCAAAACAGUGAACGAGCGUGUUACCUUGAACCUGCCCGCUUCCACACCACUUAAAAGGCUGUUUGAAGAUGUGGCUUCAAAAGUGGGCUACGUGAAUGGAACUUUUGAUUUAAUGUGGGGAAAUGGAGAUAAUGUAACUGAUACGCAGACUCCAAUAGAUCAGAACAGUGACAAAACUAUUCUUGAUGCUGGUUUUGAGCCAGGGAAGAAGAACUUUCUGCAUUUGACAGACAAAGAUGGUGAGCAGCCUCAUAUAAUGCCGGAGGAGUCAGGUACAACAGACGACAGUGCACAAGACAGAUUUAUAGGCCCUCUUCCUAGAGAAGGCUCUGUUGGCUGUACCAAUGACUAUGUCAGUCAAAGCUAUUCUUAUUCUUCAGUCCUGAGCAAAUCGGAGACAGGUUAUGUGGGGCUAGUAAAUCAAGCAAUGACUUGCUACUUGAACAGCCUUCUACAAACACUUUUCAUGACUCCUGAAUUUAGAAAUGCAUUAUAUAAAUGGGAAUUUGAAGAAUCUGAAGAGGAUCCUGUGACAAGUAUCCCCUACCAGCUUCAAAGACUGUUUGUUUUACUGCAGACCAGCAAAAAAAGAGCAAUUGAAACAACAGAUGUUACACGGAGUUUUGGAUGGGAUAGUAGUGAGGCAUGGCAGCAACAUGAUGUACAGGAGCUUUGUAGAGUUAUGUUUGAUGCUUUGGAGCAGAAGUGGAAGCAAACAGAACAGGCUGAUCUUAUAAAUCAACUGUAUCAAGGCAAACUGAAGGACUAUGUAAGAUGUCUAGAAUGUGGCUAUGAAGGCUGGAGAAUCGACACCUACCUGGAUAUUCCUUUGGUCAUCCGGCCGUAUGGCUCCAACCAGGCAUUUGCUAGCGUGGAAGAAGCACUGCAUGCUUUCAUUCAGCCUGAGAUUCUUGAUGGCCCCAAUCAGUAUUUUUGUGAACGAUGUAAGAAGAAAUGUGAUGCAAGGAAGGGUCUGCGGUUCUUGCAUUUUCCAUAUCUGCUGACAUUACAGCUGAAGAGAUUUGACUUCGAUUAUACCACUAUGCACAGAAUUAAACUCAAUGAUCGUAUGACUUUUCCUGAGGAGUUAGACAUGAGUGUCUUCAUUGAUGUUGAAGAUGAGAAGUCUCCUCAGACUGAGAGUUGCACUGAUAGUGGAGCUGAAAAUGAAGGCAGUUGUCACAGUGAUCAGAUGAGCAAUGAUUUUUCAAAUGAUGAUGGAGUUGAUGAAGGAAUCUGCCUUGAAAGCAAUAGUGCAGCAGAAAGAAUUUCUAAAGCUGGCAGUGAAAAGAGUUCUUUACUGUAUGAGCUCUUUUCUGUUAUGGUUCAUUCUGGAAGUGCUGCUGGUGGCCAUUAUUAUGCCUGUAUAAAAUCUUUUAGUGAUGACCAGUGGUACAGCUUUAAUGAUCAGCAUGUUAGCAAGAUAACUCAGGAAGAUAUUAAGAAAACAUAUGGUGGAUCUUCUGGAAGCAGAGGCUAUUAUUCCAGUGCUUUUGCUAGCUCCACAAACGCAUACAUGCUGAUAUAUAGACUGAAGGAUCCAACGAGAAAUGCAAAGUUUCUUGAGGCACAUGAGUAUCCAGAGCAUAUUAAACAGUUGGUACAGAAAGAGAGAGAAUUGGAAGAACAAGAAAAGAGGCAACGUGAAAUUGAGCGCAACACUUGCAAGAUUAAAUUGUUCUGCAUGCAUCCUACAAAACAAAUAAUGAUGGAGAACAAAUUAGAGGUUCAUAAGGACAGGACACUGAAGGAAGCUGUGGAAAUAGCUUACAAGCUAAUGGAUUUAGAAGAGGCCGUUCCUUUGGAUUGCUGUCGUCUUGUCAAAUACGAUGAGUUUCAUGACUACUUGGAACGAUCUUAUGAAGGAGAAGAGGAUACACCAAUGGGUUUAUUACUUGGAGGUGUCAAAUCAACGUACAUGUUUGACUUACUGUUGGAAACAAGAAAACCUGACCAGAUUUUCCAGUGCUAUAAACCUGGUGAGGUCAUGGUAAAGGUUCACGUAGUUGACCUAAAGACUGAAUCUGUUGCUCCUCCAAUAAGUGUACGAGCUUAUUUAAAUCAAACAGUUUCAGAAUUUAAACAGCUAAUUUCAAAGGCUACACACCUGCCUGCUGAAACCAUGCGGGUAGUAUUAGAACGUUGCUACAAUGACUUGCGUCUUCUGAAUGUUUCCAGCAAAACACUGAAAGCUGAAGGCUUUUUCAGAAGCAACAAGGUAUUUAUUGAAAGCUCAGAGUCUUUAGAUCGUCAUGUGGCAUAUACAGAUUCUCAUUUAUGGAAACUUUUGGAUCGUCAUGCAAAUACAAUCAGACUGUAUGUUUCAUUACCAGAGCAAUCACCUGGAUCUCAAUUUAGACGAGCAGUUUAUCAGAAGUCUAGUGGAGAUUCAGGCAACUUGGAUGAAGCCUGUGAAAGAGUAAAAGGACCUGUAGGUAAUAUGAAAUCUGUAGAGGCAAUUCUGGAAGAAAGCACUGAAAAGCUUAAAAGCUUGUCCUUGCAGCAGCAGCAGGAGGGGGAUAAUGGAGACAGCAGCAAAAGCACAGAAGCCAGUGAUUUUGAAAACAUUGAAUCACCUUUAAAUGAAAUAGACUCUUCAGCAUCAGCAGAAAACAGAGAACUUGAAAACCAAAUUCAGAUUUCCGAUCCAGAAAAUCUCCAGUCUGAGGAACGGUCAGAUUCAGAUGUAAAUAACGACAGGAGUACAAGUUCAGUGGACAGUGAUAUCCUCAGCUCCAGUCAUAGCAGUGAUACUUUAUGCAACGUGGACAAUGCCCCACUUCCCUUGGCUAAUGGACUUGAUUCUCAUAGUAUCACAAGUAGUAGGCGAUCAAAAGCAAAUCAGGGGAAGAAAGAAACGUGGGACACAGCAGAAGAAGAUUCUGGAACAGACAGUGAAUACGAUGAAAGUGGCAAGAGCAGAGGAGAAGCACAAUAUAUGUACUUUAAGUCAGAACCCUACACUGCAGAUGAAGGUUCGGGAGAAGGGCAAAAAUGGCUGAUGGUGCAUGUUGAUAAAAGAAUUACACUGUCUGCCUUCAAGCAACAUUUGGAGCCUUUUGUUGGAGUUCCAUCUUCUCACUUCAAAGUCUUUAGAGUCUACGCCAGCAAUCAAGAGUUUGAGAGUGUUCGGCUGAAUGAGACACUUUCGUCAUUUUCUGAUGACAAUAAGAUAACUAUUAGACUUGGAAGAGCCCUUAAGAAGGGUGAAUACAGAGUCAAAGUGUAUCAACUUUUGGUAAAUGAGCCAGAGCCGUGCAAGUUUCUUCUAGAUGCAGUUUUUGCUAAAGGAAUGACUGUCCGACAGUCAAAAGAGGAGCUGCUUCCCCAGCUUCGAGAACAAUGUGGCCUAGACUUGACAAUUGACAGGUUUCGCCUGCGAAAGAAAACCUGGAAGAACCCAGGCACUGUGUUUCUGGAUUAUCAUAUCUAUGAAGAAGAUAUCAAUAUUUCAAGCAAUUGGGAGGUCUUCUUAGAAAUACUUGAUGGAGUAGAAAAGAUGAAAUCCAUGUCACAACUUGCUGUUUUAUCGAGACGAUGGAGGCCAUCAGAGAUGAAACUAGAUUCUUUCCAGGAAGUAGUACUAGAAAGCAGCAGUGUUGAAGAAUUAAAAGAGAAGCUGAGUGAAAUAAGUGGAAUACCCUUAGAAAACAUAGAAUUUGCUAAGGGUAGAGGAACGUUUCCAUGUGACAUUUCCAUACUAGAGAUUCACCAAGACUUGGACUGGAAUCCUAAAGUAUCUACAUUGAAUGUCUGGCCUCUGUACAUUUGUGAUGAUGGUGCAGUAAUAUUUUAUAGGGAUAAGACUGAAGAAUUAAUGGAAUUAACAGAUGAGCAGAGAAAUGAACUGAUGAAAAAAGAAAGCAGCAGACUCCAGAAAACUGGACACCGGGUAACCUACUCUCCUCGUAAAGAAAAAGCACUAAAAAUUUAUCUGGAUGGAGCACCAAAUAAAGAUUUGACUCAAGACUGAUACUCGCUAUAGCAUUUUCCCUGGGGAAUUUUUUUGUUUAAAAUAAAAAGGUUCACUACUA